AUGGCACCCGCCGCCGCUCCAGCCAUGUCGACCGUACGCGGUUUCGCGCCCACCCCGAUCGUCUCUGGCGACGAGGACUCGGACUACUGCGCGACGCCACCUCUCUCCUCGCGACGUACUCGUGGCCCGCGCAUCGACGACAUCGUAAGCGCCAACUGCAGUCCCCUUCUGCGCGCUACCCACUCCUCUGCCGUGGGCGGCAUCGCGAAGCUGCGCAUGAAGCUCGAACCUCUCAGUCUCGACGACUCGCGCAGCAGCACCAUGACCCGAAGCAGCAGCCGACAGCGCUGUAUGAGCGCAUCUACGAACCAGACCGCUCGUAGCGACGACGACGCCUCCUCCGAGAACGGCUCCGUCGCUUACGAGGUCCAGUUGGAACAUGACUUUGUCAGCGAGAGUGUGAACGACAAGCUCAAGGUCAACGUCGUCGAGGGCGGCCUUGUGCCCCGGAAGAUGGAGGCCGACGACUUUGAACCUCUACGAUGCCUCGGAAAGGGCACAUACGGCACCGUUCUUUUGGUCAAGCAACGAACCACCGGCCGGCUCUACGCCCAGAAGCAGUUUAAGAAAGCAUCUGUCGUCGUGCACAAGAAGCUGGUUGAGCAGACCAAGACCGAGCGACAGAUCCUCGAGUCUGUGAACCGGCACCCUUUUGUCGUCAAGCUGUUCUACGCAUUCCAGGAUCAUGAGAAGCUAUACCUCAUCCUCGAGUACGGACAAGGCGGAGAACUGUUCACACACCUCAGCACCGAGAAGAUGUUCCCAGAGACGACCGCGGCUUUCUACAUGGGGGAGAUGAUCCUUGCGCUGUACCAUCUUCACCAGACACUGGGGGUAGUCUACAGAGACCUGAAGCCAGAGAACUGUCUCCUCGACGCCCAAGGCCACCUCCUAUUGACCGACUUCGGUCUCUCCAAAGUAGCUGUCGACGACGACAUGAGCUGCAAGUCAAUCCUUGGAACGGUCGAGUACAUGGCGCCAGAAGUUGUCCUUGGUCAGAGAUAUGGCAAGGCGGUUGAUUGGUGGUCGCUUGGAGCGAUGGGCUACGACCUUAUGACGGGACACCCACCUUUUCGCGGCGGCAACAACGCCAAAAUCCAGCACAACAUCGUCAAGCAGAAGCUGGCGAUGCCGUACUUCUUGAGCCUCGAUGCCAAGGACCUGCUUGCUCGGCUGCUCAAGAAGGACCCCACCAAACGCCUGGGCUUCCACAUGCCGAAGGACCUUCAGGCGAUGAAGAAGCACAGAUUCUUCCGGAAGAUCGACUGGAAGAAGCUUGAAGCCAGAGAGAUGGACCCGCCCAUUCAGCCGAUGAUUACGGAUCCCGAACUGGCCGAGAACUUUGCGCCGGAAUUCACCGAGCUCUCCCUGGACCCGCUGGUUGGAACCAGCAAGGACGACCGGUGGAGCGGUUUGUCACCAAUUGAUGGCUUUAACGAAGACCCCUUUGGCGGAUUUAGCUACGUGGCUUCCAGCAGCUUACUGGAGAAUAAUGGAUUUAUGACGGCAGAGGCUUAG